GAGAGAGAGAGAAUAACAACUUCAUCUAUUUUAUUAUUAUAACAAUUCUGAGAAUGGCCACCACUAAGACUACACUCUUGCUUGCUGUCCUUUGUCUUUUCCUAUUAUCCGAGAUUGGAAUGUUCAUGGUUGAUGCCCAAGUCCAAAGGCCAGAUUGCCAGCCAAAGUGUGCAUCGAGGUGCAGCAAGUCAUGGAAGCCGAAGAUGUGCCUAAAAACAUGCACUGCGUGCUGCAACACUUGCGAGGGAUGUGUGCCUGCAGGCCCCACUGCUAACAAGGAAGUGUGCCCUUGCUAUGCCAAAUACAAGAAGGGCAGGUGCCCUUGCACUUCAACUUGAACACACUUCUCUCAUGGACUCCAAUAUGAUUAUGAUCACUUGUA